UCUCUCCAUCAUAUCAGUCUUUGGUGUGGUGCAACUUGAUGCGCACUCGAUUGAUUCCCACGAGCUGGAACAGCAAGUAUAAUGCCAAACGCAACAUGAACGAAACGAUUUCAUCCGCUUCCAAAUGACUUCGACUUCAGUAGCAUAUAAAUCUUCAGCGACCGCAUGGUUCCUACGAAAAAGUACAUCAUGACCAUUAGCGCGAACCAGCUCAGGCAACAAGCCAAUGGGACGAGCCGCUGCUAGAGCUUUAGCUUCCCCAUCAGAUCAGCUCUACACCCGCCCAUCAACACCACCGUUUGAAACCAUGUCGACGAGCCCAGAUCCUACAAAACUUUCUCCCGUACCCCCCAAAGCUCCCUCACCACGAUCACCACCGGCGGCUCACUUCGAAGAUUCCCUCUCUCCAACGCACCAAGCCGAUGAUACUCAACAAGUCGCCGAGGCAGCCCUCGGUGAUGAUGACGAGAUACCGUACCCUGAGCCCGGCUCCGAGCACACCCUCCUACCCCCGCCGAACUUUAAUCCCUUCUUCGCCAUUAUAGAGGAUUUCACCACUGGGGAGCAUCACCACCCUUUCGUACACUAUGUUUUUGCCGAUGACGACCCAGCCAUCAUCACUGCCGCGGCCAUGCGCAGCAUGGGUCUAGACGAUACAAAGUUCCUGCCUAGCUCCGAAGGCGCAGAGGGAGAUAACCAUGAAGGGGAGGAGGGCGAAGAGCACGAACCCGUGGUAGAGUCCCCGCUCCCACCGCCGCUGAUACGAGGCAAGGAACAUUACCUUCUCAUCGAUGUUGGUAGCGAUGGACACUCCAUCGUGAACGCGCAAUCCAUGUCUUCGGACUGGCAGAUCACAAAGGCCAACGUGAGGACUGCUCCCUCGUUCGACCAGUCAGAAUCAAAUCAAGGAUAUAUGCUACAAAUCGAGGGACAGGAGAUACCGCGCAAGAACAAGGGAAAAGCGAAAGGCCAGCCGGGUGAGCGUAAACUCAACGAAGCGCGGGAGAAGAGCACAGGAGACCCUUUCGAAGCGCUUGAUAGCUUGGCUGCGAGUGUGGACGAAGGGCUCGGGGUCGCAGAGAAGAUUUCGAGACGGCAUGAGGCGGUAAAAGAAUCUGGGCAGACGGUGACGCAGAGUGAAGAAGUGCAGGGCUCAAGACGAAAUAGCCAGCUGGUGCCAUGAAGUUCCAGAUUGUGGCCUUUGAUUUCUAUUUUAUGAUGUGAUAUGAUUUGCAUUGCAAACGGCGCAAACGGUGUUUUCUCCACGGCGAGGCUGCUUUGCGAUCUGAGUCCCCGACAUUGACAAAGGAUUUCUUACAUCGUAAGAAUCAAACUGCGUGAUACAGUACCCAGCGUGAAAGUAAUUUAGGAAUAAAUAAAUCUUCACCUUGUUCCAAGUAGAGCCUGGGUAUUCCCAGUCCUUCACGAAUGCGAUGCCAGCGUUCCGACAGGUAUAACGGUGAACGGGUAGAAGCGGAAAUGUUAUGACGCCAUCUAGUAAUGUCC